AUGAUCCUCAGUGUAGAAAUCUGUAUUCAACAGCAGUUUCAUCCAUCUCAUGUUACGAUCGCCUUUCAACAAUCUCAAUCGCAGCAACCAACAAUUCCUCCAAAAGGUAUAAAAAGGGAACGGAGUCCUGAUGAAGAAUUUAAGAAAGAUAAUCAUCAGUCUGGAAAUCUGACAAAUAUAAAUAAAGAAGAAAACUCCAAUGAAGAAGAGCAGGUAAAUUCAAAUUCUAAUAUUCAGCAGCAGUUUCAAAAAUCUCAUCUAAAGAUCUCGUCGCAACAAUCGCUUCAAUCUCACUCGCUGCCGCCAACAAUUCCUACAAUAGCUCAAACUUUUUCUGCUUAUAAUUCUGGCAUUCCAGAACUGAAUAACGUUGAUUCAAAUCAACGAUCUUAUUCUAUGAUGGCUCCUUUUAACAUAUAUGCUGCAAUGAAUCCUUAUUCACCUGGUAAUCAAAUGAAUGGCAUGGGUAUGCUUCUGAAUACAAUGCAAGCUUCUACUUCACUUCCUGUUAGCUCAGGCAUUAAUAUGAUUCCUAGUACAAGUGCUGGCAUCAAUCCUUAUACAGCCUAUAUGCCCAUGACAAUGUAUGGAAACUAUAACUUAUCCUCUUGUGUUCUUUAUCCUCCUCAUCCAUGGGUAUGUAUUACUUCGAGAGAAAGGCAUCCAGGUUGUAAAACUGUGUUUGUUGGAGGCCUACUCAAAAAAAUUUCUGAAAAAAUACUCCAUAAAAUCUUUAGUGGAUGUGGUGAAAUAGAUCAAGUUCGAAUAAGUAAAAAGAAUUUUUGCCAUGUACAGUUUAUUGCAGAAGUUGUGUAAAUGAGGCUGUCAGGCUAUAGAUUAAAGAUUGAAAAUAAAGACGAAAGCGAUUAUUCUGGAAGGCUUCAUGUUGAUUUUGCUAAAGCAAGAGAUGAAUGGGAGUGUUUGCAACGGGCAUUACGAAGAGAAGCUCGUUAUCGAGGAACAAUGGAGCAAGAAGCUUCAAGACCUCGAACGCCACCACCUUUUGUUCAUCAUUCUGAGCAUGAAGCAAAUUUGUUAACUGAUAAAUUUAAGAGCACAGAACAUUUCAAAUCUACUGAUAAACUUACUAUUACUCAACAUGAGCUGUGUUUAAUUGCUUUAAUUGCAGCACUCUUGAAUUUCCAUCCCUUUGGAGCUAGUAUUGAUUACAUAUGCUCGCAUUUAAUCAAGAUUGAUUCAAAUGUAAAUGUUGGCUAUAUAGAAAGUUUAUUGAAGAGGUUUCCUUAUUUAUUCAUAAAAUGCACUUUUGGAAUUGGAUCGACUUCGGUAAAAAAAUUGGAAAUUUUUAGGCUUCUCUUCAGAGUCCAAUUAAGUUGGGGUUUGUUUGUUUUUUUUUCAUUUAAUGUUCAUUUUUUUUGGGUGAAAAAUUAACA